AUGCCGCGCUAACUAUCGGCCAAGUUUAAUUAUCGAGUGCACGUUCGCUUUGUAAACCACCGUUGUGACUGCGGGCCGGUCUGCUCCAUAAUUGGUAGCCCGUGGCUGCUUUGAAUUUCGGCUAGAUCUAUCGCUAAUCGUUGUCAACCGCACGAAUAGAUGAAAAUCAGUUUCGACAUCCGACUCGGUUCACGAUAGCUUCGCACGCGUUACGGGGUGAACGAAGGGUCGCAGAGACUCGAAGAUACGGUCAAGGGGACAAAGACAAAUUUGAGAGGGUGACCCAGGGCAGAGAUGAAAUAUACAGGAAGGUGUUGAAUUUAUCGACAGCUUUCGAAAGUGAAACAGGGAGAUCGAGAUCGACGCGUGUAUCUUAUCGCGUGCUAUCAUGUGAAAGUUCUUGAUAAAUUGUGAAAAGAGUCCGGGAUUAUUCGGAGUUGCGGCGUGUCGGAAAUUUGUCGCAGAAAGCAACAGCAGGCAAAGGGGAUAAACGAGAAGAAGGGGUUGGAAAUGACGUAGAACGGCUUGGGCAAAGUUUUACGAGCGUAAAAAGGAAGGGUGGAAGACGAUGUAGGUAGAUGAUGAACCGACGUGAAAUGACCUUGAAAAAGAUUUCUCUCUCGAGUAUUGCGCGCUUAAAGACGGUAAUGACCGAGCAAGCUGCCGCGACCGAGACGCGUAAACCGUGAGCCGAGACGCUUUCAAGAAUCGCGCGACGAAUCGCAAGAUUCCUCCAAACGCGACCCUUAACGUCCUCCUAACUGCAACACCGAGCGUUCUUAUAACGCUUCAUGAAUUCUCCGACAGGAAAUGAAAUUACACGGACAAUUCAGAACACGGGCUUGCUUUUUUUCUGUUUCAGAAGCGAUUCUCCCGAGAAGGGCAACGGCAAGAAUGAACGAUACUCGGUUGGCCGCUAACAAACACCAACAGGAUCGUCCUUUGCGUCGGUGAAAUUGAGCCGAGAAAAGUUUUGCGUGCUGGUUACUGAGAAAAAGUUUGCGAGACGUACAAGGGCAAACGAGAUUCUCACCCCCUCGGCAAGGAUUUCUUCCAUUCUGGCUGGGUUAAUCCACUCGCAAGGCGAGGGUGAGAAACCACCGGGCUGCCGUUCAGGAAUUAUGAAGGAUUCGUUCGUUUCGUCUGAGAACUAGCUUCGACAAGCACGCUGAUCUAAACUGGCAAGGCUGGUUCAUCCCUGUCGCCUGCACAGCGAGCAGAAACCACGUCUCUCGGGAAGGGAUCGGUAAAUCGCGUUCAAAGUAAACCGAUAGAGCCGCGUCGUAGGAAAAGUUUCUUACCCGUUUCUGUGUACUCGUUAUCGUGUUCGUUAAUUGAUCGAUAGGAUGCCGGUGGAUCCAAUUAACUGGACGUCUUUAAGGAAGCCGGCUUAAGUCGGUCUGCUCCAGCUAAUUGCGUUCCAAUCGGCCAGUGUUUCGGCUUUCGUUGGUUUAGCCUUUGGGAAGAGAUGCGAAACGCAGAGCGUCGGAUUCGUGUUUGUCUCUCGAUCGCAAGGAACUCGAUUUUAGCUGCGUCGACACGAUCAAAGAUCAUUUGUAUCCCAAACGGAGGGAUUGCCCUACUAUGAACUAAUCUGAUCGGUACAGCUACCCUCUAAAUUGAAUAGUAAUUGCAAAUCGGACGUUGGAACGUAUCCAUCGAAUGACAAGACUGUUCGAGGAUCGAUCGGAUCGACGAACAGCGACCAGCACCGUCCGAUAAGCCCGCUGCUAAUAACAGCGCUUCCGGUUGUUCGAGUCGCGGAUCUUCGACGAAAGUGAUAUGCUAUAGCGCUCAGGGACAAUUUCACCGCGACAAUGACGAGCGAGUUGAACGCGACAAAGGUCGAGAACUCGACCAGCACGAUGAAUCUCGUAUCAACGAUAUCCUCCUCGUCGCCACCUAGCGCGGUUGCAGCCGCGAUUAGCGCCGGCACGGCAAUUCCAACUAAUCCGUCCACGACAGUAACGGGUGGAGCUGUGGUCACCAGCACGGCUAAACCCGACCAUCACAUGUACAACGUGACCAGCUACCUUGCGGAGCACGACGAGCUCGAUCACAGUAUACUGGCGGGUUUCUCAGACAUACAGACGGUUUUCCUGGCCUGUAUUUCCACGCUGCUGCCGUUGAUCGUCGCGCUGGGAAUCGCCUUCGGCGUCAGGCACGUGUGGAGGAAAUAUCGGAACAGACGAGACAGCUCGAGUGGAUUGCCCUGGUACAGAAGUGUCUGCUCUCGAGACAAUACCGCCGAAUCCUUGCAUCAUCGACCUCACUCGGGAAACACAACCAUUCAGUCUGCAACGAGGAUUCUCUCUGCCCAAGACCUGGUGAACGGCCUCGAUGGACCCAGGUACAUUUGCGAGACCGAGGUCAUGGAGGAGGUAAACGUAGCUAACGCCACCCCCGUGGAAUACACUCCCCCAGGGAAUCAUACCAAUAAAAACUCCAACGGGAACAUCAUUACGCUUACCCUCAAGAACAACCAUCUCAUCGUAGAGACCGAGGAACGAGCAGUGACGAUGGAGGAUAAUAAAAAUCGUAGGUACCAAGAUAACGGAUGCUCGUUCGUGGUGGAGGUGCAACCUAACUACCAGAACGAAGAGACCGAGGGUAAUAAAGGAGGUUCCUCUGACGACGUAACCGCUGCUGUGACCGAUCAACAAGCUCUAGUUCACAGAGAAGAGAUUGCAGAAGAUCGAUCGCCGGGUUUCGAGAAAGCAAAACUAUUUGGAAGCACGAACACGGGUCUAUCGCAGUCGGAUCUCUCGAUCUCUAGCCAGGGCUCGGUUAAUCCCAGCUAUCGUUAUGGAAAUCAAGUGGAGUACGAUGCGGGUCAUCUGGGUUACCCGAUGUACGGUGGUAGUUACGAGUCCGAUACCCUGUCCCGGAAACUCGAGGGAGGAUCCAAAUGGGUGGAAUUCGACAAGUCUCCGGAUACCGAGAAGACGUUGCUGAACGUGUCCAACACGUCCAGUAUCGAGAAAGACGGCGAGGAAAGUCCGUCGAUACAAGGGAAACAGAACAACUUGGACGCGUCGCAGGGAUCCGGUGGAUCGAUGGAUCAGCAAGAUUCGACGGACGCCAGUAUCUCCACGGACACGGUGCGAUCGAACCCCAAUCUCCAGGUGAACGGCGCCACCCCGAACAAGCUGGAAAUCAUGGAACAAAAAGCGCUGAGCAACGAUUUCGGCAAAUCUGAAACCAAUAAACCAGUGAUCACCGGGGCGUUGUUGAAAGACGACGUUCAAGAGGACACUUUUCAGGAACAGCAACGAAAGCUGGGUAAUGGAACCCUCACGCCGGAGCACAAGGAGGACAGGGCAAAGGACCAGAAACCGGAAGGCAGCACCUUUGUGCCGAGUCACAAGCGUUCCGGUAGCAUCCCGCCGCGAUUGAUCGAAGAGACCCUCGAGUUAGACCGGAAGAAGUCGUUGGACAUUUACAGUCAAAUUAAAACCAGUACUAAAAGCAUCCUACCAGGACUGAGCACAAAGUUUGAGCUACUUCAGAACGAAGUGAGUCCCAUCGAGGAAAAGGAGAGUUAAUGGAAAUGGCUCGUUGUCCUUCGUGACUCGUCUCAGAUGAAAAUCCGACAUCGAACGAUCCGAUUCGACAGACAGAGACGCUUUUACGUGGGUUUUGGAUAAAUACGGUUCAUCGUUAGGACGAUCUUGCUACGAAACCUCGAAAGUCCAGAGAGGGAAGGUCCCUUUCCUGAAUAUUCACACGGGAGCCAAAUCAAAAGAAAAACGACCACCGGUUUUCAUCUGCGCCAUUAACAGUUUUUAUUUCACGAAAAAGUCCAAACUCAUUGUAGAUAUCUCAUCAACGCUAACGAGCGACUCCAUCCUCCUGAAGCGUUCCCAGAAACUCCCGGAAAUUCCGAAGCUUUCCCAGGAACUUUGGCAAUAUCAGAGAAACAGCAGUUCCAUCAGGUGUCCUGCAUUAACCGUAGCGGUUUCGCUCGAAGAACUCAAGCGGCGCGGCGGAAGAGGACUGGUGAGAAGAAGAGCGAUAAAAAGAGGUCACGUCCGAGUUUGCCUACGAUAAAAUCAUCGAGGGAGAAAAUCACGGCGGAUCGAUGCGAACGGUAGAAGCUGGCAGUGACCAGAGAAAAUGCUCGUAUCCAGAGGAAACUGCGUUAUCCUAAUGACUAACCACGGUUCCCAACCCUUAACUCUCACCCCCUUUCACGCCGUUAUCUCUACCUUCCUUCUCUUUCCAGCCUCGCCCUUUUCUCCCACGGAGAACAAUCGUUGGCUAACGAACUGAACACGGUGCCGCGAAUUUCGCGGCCGUGGUUUUGUGCGUGGAGCAACCGCAACCACGCGAAGAGAGCACCGCAAUUGUCCGCAACGAGCACUCGAAUCAAGCGUUGCGCGGAAUUGUUUGCCGAGAGGGGUUGCGAUCGUGUAUGUGUUCAAAAUUCGAGGAUUUAAUAGAAAAGAGAAAAAUUGUGGAAUUUCGAUCAGCGAAGCGGACUGUGCUCCUCGAGGAAAAAAACUGGAAAAUAUUUUGAAAAUAAAAAGCCGUCCAGGUCGUCGAUAUCGCAAGAUACACGAGCAAGCAUUUGGAAACUAAACUGGCAAAGUUUCGUCUAUAGGGAAAGAAACAUAAACGCGUGUCACUUUCUUCCUUCCCUCUUUUCCGCCGCUUGUCUCCUCCUUCGAUCACGCUGGGCUUUCUCCUCGCUGCGAGUUUCGCGAAGGAAAACUCGUUUCACCAUGUAUGUAACUUUCGAGGCUGAGAAACGAUCUCGUGACUCGCGUUUUGCACGACGAUCCGUUUCAGCGAGAAACACGCGUUUAAAGGGACCGAUCGACAGAGUCUUCGAGCGGAUUCCGUAAUCUUUUAUAAGCAUGCACGUUAAAGAUGUGGGGACACGCACGUCGAAUUUUGUAAGUGGUUCUAGGAAUCGUAGCGACAGGUUCCAUUCGACUAAUGCAGUUUUACAAACGACGAACCAGAUUUACUAAGAAUUUUCUAUUGUCCAAACACGUAGGUACGAAAUAGAUAAUUAAGCGUCGUAAUUGGAACGCUAUUAAGUGUCCGGAUCGGUAGGACGUAAGAUUUCGAUCGUGGAUUAUGAACUUUACGUUCGAUCAUCGUAUCCAAAAGCAUUUUGUUAAACACAGAAAACAUCGACAAAACGCUUUUGACCUCUGCAGCUCGAGCCAGAGAUUAAUCGGAACCAGCAAACGAUCUUAGGUAUAUAAAGUACGGUAAGACGGUAUAGGAGUACGCACUUAACCUCUAAAAUAUUGUAGAAAACAGAGUAAUGCGAUUCAUUGAUCAAAACUUGUUACAUUUCAAGUAACAAUCAACAGUUAUAAACAUUAUUGAAAUAAUUAAUAGAAAAUCACACAAUGUUAUUUGUGUAUUGUUAUACAUACGGAAUACGAUUCAUAACCAAUAAAAACGAAUACUUAUUUUUUGAAAGUGUUACAUCGCAUUACAACGUAAAUAUACUUCGCAAAUGUCAAACAUAAGAAAUAACAUGUAAGAAAAACUUCAGACUUACCUGGUUUUAUAACUUCUAAACACUUUUUAUCUAUUUUUGGCGCGAACACUUGCACUGUACACCGGUAAUGAUAUGAUUGAACUCAGCUUCGAUAUGUAACCAAUUUCACUCGAAGCUACAGCGGAUCGACUGAUCGACUGAUCGACUAAUCGACUGCGCGCUCUUAUACCAGCUUACCGUAUCAAGUGAACAGUACGUUAAGCACGAGGUUCGCGACUCGAGGAAGUCGGACAAAAACAACAACAGAGGCUUAAAAGUUAACGUGGAUUCUAGUGCCAAAAUAGUUCCUUAAGGUUUCUCGAGAGCAACUCGACGAACGUAUUGCCGAACGACUAUUACUCGACGAUCUUAUAUUACGUGUAUGUACGUUUCGUGCCAGAUACUGCGUUACCAAUAUUUCAGAUUUUAUACGCUUCCGUUGAAUAGUGCAAACGUUUGUUGUUGUUAUGGUGCUACUGCGUAUGAAUCCACGGGACGAGGAGCUGUUCUCGGCUUCCACGUUCUCGUUUCUUCGUUCGUCGCGCCUCAUUUGGCUUUCACACAACAAAUUCGGUAAGAAUCAACGUCCUUCUGAUUGUACUUUGGAGACGAGCCUUUCGGUUGCUUCGAGCGACGCUCUUUCCAUUUAGACAUUGUAAAAAUCCAUGAAAAACCCCUGUCCACUUUUGCAACUCCUUUUUUAACUCUGGGACACCCAAUCCUAUAAUAAAUACUGUGAUUCGACCGACUGGGAACAACAAUACGUCAGAAUUUUUACGCGUCACGAUAGCUGAACGUUCAAAAUCAUCCACUUUAAUAGCUACCAAUUAGAACGACGUCGCUCGCAAGCAACUAAUCGUUAGACUCGAAAAGUUCGCAUCUCGUGUAAAGCCAUUAUCGAGCCCGAGCCGAUGAAAGCGAUCACUACGAAACACGUACACACACUCAUCGAAAAGUAUUCACCGUCUACGUAAGAUGAUAGAUUAUAGCGCAUUUAGAGACUAAGUACACCCCGUACGUAAGAAUCUUUUAGCCGUAAUCUCGAUCCCUUAAGAGAAAAAAAAAGAAGAAGAAGAAGAAGAAAUAACAGGCUCGAUUCAUUUACCGACUCGUGCGUAUCUCUCCUCGACGCUCGAGUAUCAUCUCCCGCUUUUACAUUGCUAACGAGUAAGUCUAGUUUCCAGGUUUAGCGAUUCUCGUGUGGCUGUUACUAGCUGGUGUUAGAGGUCUAACUGUGGACAAGUAUAAAUUUUCUAUAAGACCUGAAUGUCUCGCGUAUUUCUAGAAAUAUUCUCAGCAAAGUAGCUGGCCGUGUAGCGGUCGAUCGAUCGGCGACUAUUUAGGUCGUCUUCGAGUCGAUCUCGAGCACUUUGAAACGCACGGUUCGUGUAACGAGAAGUAUCCUCUCGUCAAGGGAACGCUCAAGAUCGGCGCGAGGCCGAGUCACGCUUUGUAAGAGGAAAACCAUUCAAGUUUCUUUCACGUAAACGCUCUGAUAUUCUAUCGCAUCGCGCAUCGCCAACUCGUAAGGACACUUUAGAGAUAAUUACUCGUAGAAACUGGUCGAAGUAAGACACGAAUUAACGAUUAAGCGAGACGCGGAUCUCCGCGAUCCCGGCACACAACCGUUCCAUAUGAUCAAUUAAAAAGAAAAAGAAAAAGAAAAAGAAAAAGAAAAA